AAUGUGAUGGAUAAUUCUUCUGUAAUUACUAUGUUCACUCUUUCAGGGUUGAGAGGGACAACAAAUUACAGGGUUACUCUCUUUGUUCUCACUUUACUGUGUUACUGUGUCAUUUGGCUGGUUAAUGUGACAAUUAUUGUGACGAUCAUUCUAGAUAAAAGCCUUCAUGAACCCAUGUACAUCUUCCUCUGUAAUCUGUGCAUUAAUGGACUUUAUGGGACAGCAGGCUUUUACCCCAAAUUCCUCAUUGAUCUGCUGUCUACUUUUCAUGUCAUCUCUUAUGCUGGAUGUCUUCUGCAGGGUUUUGUGUUGCAUUCAUCAGUUUCUGCAGAUGUCUCUAUGCUGGUGUUAAUGGCCUAUGACAGAUAUGUGGCUAUAUGUCGACCUCUGGUAUACCACUCUGUGAUGACAACACAAAGAGUAUGUGUGUUUAUAUUUUUUUCUUGGCUCAUACCCCAUUAUUUGGUGUUCAUGGGUUCAAUAACAACAGCGAGAUUGAGGUUAUGCGGCUCACACAUACCAAAAAUCUACUGUAUUAAUUUUUUGGUUGGUAAACUGGCUUGUACUCCCUCCAUAGGAAAUGUUAUCAUUCCAGCUUUUAAUUACAGUUUUUACUCUGGACAUUUUCUUUUUAUUAUUUGGUCUUAUGUAUAUCUGAUCAAAACAUGCCAAACAUCGAAAGAGAGCAGGAGUAAAUUCAUGCAAACAUGUCUGCCACAUUUAAUCUGUUUAAUUAUUUUGUUAUUUUCUUUGUGUUUUGAUUUGUUGUACAUGCGAUUUGGCUCACAGGUAUCACAAAGUCUCCAGAAUUUUAUGGCGAUGGAAUUUCUCCUUGUUCCUCCAAUAAUCAAUCCUCUCAUAUAUGGUUUCAAAUUAACACAAAUAAGAAACAAAAUUAUACAGUUUUCAUGUGGAAAACGUCUUUAA